CAGCGCGCAGCGAGCGUCGCGUGAGCAGCAGAACGCGUCGCGAUAUUAAAAUGUGACUGCGCUAUUGUAUGAGUGUACAGAGUAAUAAGUUACUAUUGUCAGUUGUCGUACGCCGACCGACAUUACAGCAAAUAGUUGCGUGUAAACGAACAAUCGCGCCGGUGACGUGGACGCGCGUCCAAGGAUUAAAAACUUUAUUGCGACGGAAAACAAGCCGUGCAAAAACUUUCGUCGCGAUCUCGUCGUGUACUAAAUCGUAAUCAUAAAACGUUACUAUCAAUUCACUCUCACGGUAGAGCACGUGAUCGUCGAAAAUUCUAGAAAACGCAAAGGGAAAUACGUAAGCUUCGCACGGUGUAAGGUUUGGGUGGUGUUUGCUCGUACCGAAUUCAGUGCUCAUCAAAUUAUGGUUGUUUCACAAGUCAAUAACAUGGCCUCGUACUCCACUUACACGGGAAAACCCAAAAUUUUCUUCCCAAAGAAGGUACGUUCGGAAGAGUGCCUAGUAAUCCAGGACAAAACUUCAAAGCCUGCACGAUGGGGGAUACCAGAGUUCACCCUCGAUGGCAGCAGCAGCGUGAAGCACAACGGCAGCGCCAAAGACCUGGCCUCCGUCAUGGAGAACCUCAAGAAGAGCAGCCUCCGCCACCAGAACCAGACCUUUAAUACGCAGGUGACCAGCUCAUCUUCGCAACAGAUGGUGUCGAGUACGACGUCAAGCACCGCAGCGUCGAGCCAGCGGAUGCAGACGUCGUCGCAGCGGCUGCAGCACAUGGCCGCCUCAGAAAUGAAAGCCAGCUCCAUGAAGUCAGACCUCACUGAACUCAAGAGCUCCAUCUCUGAGAUGAAGAAUUUAAGCAACACUGCCGCACUGAACUUGAACUUCCAACAAAGACUGAGAAAUUCGAUGGAAAACAUAGUGGACCAAGAUGAUUUGGGGGAGCGUCAUUUGCCCGACAUUAGGGAUCUGAGCGAGAUGAGUGAUAUUGGGGAUAUGGGGGAUAUUAGCGAGUUGUCUGGAGAUGGCCCGCUAGUGACUUUUCCCGAGUCAGAUACCCCGCCGCCUGUGAGUGACAAGCCAUUGCUGUCGGCGAGCGCUGGUUCCGUUGGCGCAAGCGCUGCUAACGAGCUAAAGUACAGCGCAGCUCGAAUGACGUCAGCCAGCCAGACUCGCGUGGUUGGUGAAGGCUACAGUGCGACGAGGUCUGCAGCGAACAGCUCCAGAAUGCGAAGCCUCAAACAAGGAGACCUGCACUACGCCGAACGGAGCGCCGCUGGAGCUUCACAUCGGUUGCUUCAAGCAGAAGGCCUCACCGCGGAACAGAAUGCCGCAUAUCUUCAAGAGCAGAGAUCACUGAAGGCUGGUGAAGUGACGGCGAAGGAGGCGAAUAACAUGUCUGCUUCGAGCUCAAGACUGCAUACUGAGGAGUUCAGUGCUGAGAAGAAAGCAAUGGCGACGGCACAGGCGCGACAGACUGUCACGUCCAGCGGCAUGUUCAGUCACAAGGAACAUUCCAGUGUGGCACACUCCAACAUGACCAUCUCCAAUAAAUCCAUGUCCACAAAAUCUUCCACGCUGCUCUCAUCUCAGAGGAGUCAGCUGCUUAAUGGCACCAUCAAGCCAGGCGAUGAAGAUCUAACAAAUUUGACAUUCGAAGAUUUAGAUAGAUUAAAUACUAAUUCAAAUCAGAAAGACGUUGAUAUGGCAAUACAGAAAUAUUCCACCCGAAUGAACGCAUUUAUUAAGUCCAUUAAAAACAAUGAAAUGGAUAUGAAGAAUGCGUCAGUUCAUUUCAACAAACUGAACGAAAUGUUGAGAAGAGCAUGGGCAGUGCCGACAUACGGCCACGAGCUGGGCUAUUCACUGUGCAACGCGUUACGGACAUCUGGUGGGCUCGAUAUUUUAAUGACUAACUGUUUAGAAUCAAGCAAUCCAGAUCUGCAAUUCUCCUCGGCGAAGCUUCUUGAACAGUGUUUAACGACAGAAAACAGAGCGCAUGUCGUUGAAAACGGUCUCGAAAAAGUCGUAAAUGUCGCAUGCGUAUGUACAAGACACGCAAACUCGGUGGACCAUUCAAGAAUAGGCACAGGAAUAUUGGAACAUUUGUUCAAACACAGCGAGGGAACGUGCAGCGAUGUUAUUAAGCUAGGAGGUUUAGACGCUGUACUCUUUGAAUGUAGAAAGAACGAUGUUGAAACAUUGCGACACUGCGCUACAGCGCUCGCCAACCUAUCCUUGUAUGGCGGAGCAGAAAAUCAGGAAGCCAUGAUAAAGCGAAAAGUACCAAUGUGGUUAUUCCCACUCGCUUUUCACAAUGACGACAAUAUCAAAUAUUACGCCUGCUUAGCUAUUGCUGUUUUAGUAGCCAACAAGGAAAUCGAAGCAGCUGUUUUGAAGUCAGGUACCUUGGAUUUGGUAGAGCCGUUCGUCACUUCACACAACCCAUCUGAGUUUGCUCGUUCUAAUCUUGCACAUGCUCAUGGUCAAAGCAAAAACUGGUUACAAAAGCUUGUCCCAGUAUUGAGUUCAAAAAGGGAGGAGGCGAGAAAUCUGGCAGCUUUCCAUUUCUGUAUGGAAGCCGGUAUUAAAAAGCAACAAGGAAACACGGAAAUAUUUAGGGAAAUAGGAGCGAUUGAAUCGUUGAAGAAAGUGGCUAGUUGUCCCAACGCUGUGGCAUCUAAAUAUGCAGCACAAGCCUUACGUCUUAUUGGUGAGGAGGUACCGCAUAAACUGUCACAGCAAGUGCCACUCUGGUCCAUUGAGGACGUUCGAGAAUGGGUGAAGCAGAUAGGCUUCGCUGAAUACGCAACAAACUUCUACGAGAGUCGAGUUGAUGGAGACUUGUUGUUACAAAUAACCGAGGCUAAUCUAAAAGAGGAUAUUGGAUUACAAAAUGGAAUCAAACGGAAAAGAUUCACUCGAGAGUUGCAGCAACUGAAGAAAAUGGCGGACUACACAUCACGAGAUACCGGUAGUCUGAACGAUUUCCUAUCUAGCAUCGGGCCAGAGUACACUAUCUACACAUACUCCAUGUUGAACGCUGGUGUCGACAAGGAAUCUAUCCGAGGUCUGAGCGACGAACAACUGGAGAACGAAUGUCGUAUUAGCAACAGUAUUCACAGGCUACGGAUCCUGAACGCUAUCAGAGCGUACGAGAGUACCUUACCGGACAAAGGCGAAGAGAAUAUGGAGAAGAAUUUGGACGUGUUCGUGAGCUACAGGAGAUCGAACGGUUCGCAACUGGCUAGUCUGCUGAAGGUCCACCUCCAGUUGCGAGGGUUCACAGUGUUCAUCGAUGUGGAGAGGCUUGAGGCCGGCAAGUUUGACAACAAUCUCCUGCAGAGCAUACGACAGGCCAAACACUUUUUGCUGGUCCUAACACAAAAUGCAUUAGACAGAUGCAAACACGAUAACGAACAGAAAGACUGGGUUCAUCGGGAGAUAGUGGCAGCGUUGCAAUCACAGUGCAAUAUAGUGCCAAUUAUCGACAACUUCGACUGGCCCGAGGCAGAGGAGUUGCCAGAAGACAUGCGCGCCGUGUGCCACUUCAACGGCGUGCGGUGGAUCCACGACUACCAGGACGCGUGCGUGGAGAAGUUAGAAAGUUUCCUUCGCGGCAAAUCGAACCUGGCACGCAACGAGGGUCCGUUGAGAGGCCGUGGCGACAUCCAGACGCCUGGUACAGCUACAAUUGGGAGAGGACCACCCAACUACCAGCGCAUGACCUCCUGCGAGAGCAGAGGCAGCGAUAAAGCGGAUUGACUAGAGCUUUUACACACCCUGCCGCCUGUUAGACCGCGAAGAAGCCGCCGAUCCGUAGACAGAGCUUCGCCAGCCACCUCACAGAGCUUCGACCAGUUGCCUAGUAGUAGUAGCACGUCCCACAACGCGUCACCAGAGAAAUCCCUAUACAGCCUGCCUGAACGACUGGCCGAGAGUAGCGACAACUUAGACGCUAGCGAAGUGGAAAGGACGAGGAGGUGUCGCAGUUGCGAGGGCAUCCUAGAAGCGGACGAACAAACGCAAAAGCAAAACGCCCUCCCCACUCCCCUCGACGCCGCCACACAAACUAAAAGGAAGAAAAACUUCAUGGACAGAUGUGUGAACAAAGUGAGACUGUGCUGAUAAUUGGUGCAAACGUUACAAUGUGCUUGCAGAGUGUGUAGUUGACUGCCUAUUGGACUUAAUCGCAUAUAAAUGUGAAUAUUAUUUUAAAGUACAAAAGUAUGCACAAUCGUGUAAAUAUUUUGCGUAUUUAAUUUUUUAUUUGUCCCGAUACGCACAUACAUUGGUUGUUCUAAACGCUGUAAUCUCAAUGGGUGUAUGGAAGACCAGAGAUGAGGGCGGCACCCCGCCGUGUUGUCGGAACACCGCACGAGGUGCCGCCGACGUGGACGCCAAUUUGCUAUUCGUUGUAGUAUGGCAAAUUGCUUUACAGUACCCUGACAUAGCAAUGAAUAAUUUAAUAUCUCUCUAUCUCUUCACUCUCUAUAGAAUUUACAAAUGAAUUUAUGGAUGUAUUUUAUUUCUUUUUAGUAUCUUGCCAAUGAAGUAUUUGUAAAUUACAAAAGUCGUAUGAAAUUAUAAUUUGCAAUGUGAUAGCUUAGAUCUUCUUAGAAAUUAUGGAAUUGUUAUAUUUUAAAUUUCGCUCGAAAAUAUUGAUUAUGUUGCUAUAGUAUAGUACCUAAUUUAUUAUUUGUACAAGUUAUUCUGGAAUUGUCUAGUGCCUACGCCUAUUAUUAUGGAAUUGUACAAAAUUGUAUCUUAGAAUUGUAACGUAGUCAUUCAAUAUGAGUUAACCAUAAUGAUAAAUACCUAAUUUACCGAAAUUAUAUAUUUGUGUAAUAUCUUUAACCAUGAAAUAAAUGGUAUUAUUAAAAAUAAUGUGUACAUUA